GCCAGACGCAGAGCUGGGAAAAGGGAGGCAGGGCUGGCGGAGGCACAGCCAGGCGCAGAGAACGACCGACGGAGUAGCGGGGCUGGGCCACGCAGACUCGGCCCAACGAGCUGUCCCGCGACCCGAUCCGGGAGGAGACGGAGCGACUCCGCCUGCAUCCCUGGGAGCCAGGCUCCGGGCAGGCCUGGUGCUCAGGGGCCCGAGAGCAGAUCCCGAGCCAGGCUUGCCUUAGCCUCCGACGAGGGCUUGUCCUAUUGAAGGCGCUUUCUUCAACAGCAGGACCAGGCGGGCUACCAUGACCGAGAACUCCACCUCUGCUCCUGCAGCCAAGCCCAAGAGGGCCAAGGCCUCCAAGAAGUCCACAGACCACCCCAAGUAUUCAGACAUGAUCGUGGCUGCCAUCCAGGCGGAGAAGAACCGGGCUGGCUCCUCGCGCCAGUCCAUCCAGAAGUAUAUCAAGAGCCACUACAAGGUGGGUGAGAACGCCGACUCCCAGAUCAAGUUGUCCAUCAAGCGCCUGGUCACCACCGGUGUUCUUAAGCAGACCAAAGGAGUGGGCGCCUCGGGGUCCUUCCGGCUGGCCAAGAGCGAUGAGCCCAAGAGGUCAGUGGCCUUCAAGAAGACCAAGAAGGAAGUCAAGAAGGUGGCCACACCAAAGAAGGCAACCAAGCCCAAGAAGGCUGCCUCCAAAGCCCCAGGUAAGAAGCCCAAAGCCACUCCAGCCAAGAAGGCCAAGAAGAAGCCGGUUGCCACACCCAAGAAAGCCAAAAAACCCAAGACUGUCAAAGCCAAGCCAGUGAAGGCAUCCAAGCCCAAGAAGGCCAAAUCAGUGAAGCCCAAAGCCAAGUCCAGUGCCAAGAGGUCGGGCAAGAAGAAGUGACAUUGAGGCCUUUUUUCCAUGGACCCUCCUCCCUGUUCUCCUAUUUUCUGUAAUUACUUUUUACCUUUCUUCUGUUUUGAUUCUCAUCUUAACUCUUUGCCCCUUUCUAUGUGACU